UUCAUUUUCAUUUCCAAUUUGGAAUUUCACAUUGUUGUCGGCUAAGCGGCAGUCUUAAUGUUAGAUCCAUUUCUGUAAAAUUGUGGUUGAUUUUAGUGUUCUCGGAUGAUUUUAGUCUCAUUGAUCUUCAUUCAAUCUAUCUGAUUGAUUUUAUUAUUGAUCACAAAUCAGUUAAUUUAUAUAUUAUUUAUGGAGGAGCAGAAGAAGAAGGGAAUCCUAACCCGGUCUAAGAGGAAGCUGGAGAUGGAUGAUGUUCCAAUUGCGUAUAUGGAGGAGCAGAAGAAGAAGAAGAAUGAAAACCUAACUCUGGGGAAGAGGAAGAUUGAGAUGGAUGGCGGUCCAAUUGCUUCUAACAAGAGAUGGAAAUUGACUGCUCAUAGAACAGCAACAGCUGAAUCUCCUCAUCAGAAACUUCCUCAUGAGUGCAUGGUUUUCACACUGGGAAGCAUAUCAUGGAGAGAGUCGUCUACUCCUACUACCCUCCCUGUUAUUGCAGUUAGUGCUGGAAUCAUACAGGAAAAGAUGAAGAAGAAGGUGAUUUUGUCAAGGAUGAGUUUUUCUAGAUCAGCUAUAUAUGUUGGUGGAGCUCUUUACUGGAGGGUACUUACUAGAGAUCAAGGGUUUGGUGAUAACAAAGAAGAGGAUCAGGAGACGGAAAUGCUGCUAUGUUUUGACAUUCACAAUGAACAGUUUCAACUCAUUUCUCUUCCUCUUGAAUGUAGCUUAAAGAUCAAGACGGGGACAACGACAAUAACUACUGAGCAGGAGCAACAGUUAAUUGAUCAUCGUCUUUUGGAAUUUGAAGGAUCUCCCUGUAUAGCACGUCUACAGACUGGUGAGCAAAGGAAUAAUGGCAACUGUUGUUGUAAGGUUCAUUUGUAUGUAUUGAAGGACAGAGUCAAUUCAGAAUGGAGCGCAGAGAUUUUUGAUGUUUGUGAUAAUACUAGUAUGAUUCAAGAUAUGUCUAAUCCUCCUCCCUGCAUCAUAGCAACAGCUACUUCAUCUACGACUGCGACCACCACCACCGUCACAACUACUAUUACAGUUGCAGCUGCAGCUGCCACUACAACUGCUACUACAACUACUAGUACUACUACUCAUGCUCCUCAGCCAAUAACACAGAUAAUGUGUGCAUCUGAUAGAGUUAUCUUGUACUGGUUUGAUAACGUAUGUGUUCAGUUGUACGAUUUGAGGAGAAAACGUCUCAAGAUGGUGAAGUAUUCGCCUGUCGAUCCCACAAAAGAUGUUGAGUUGUUUAGCUGCGAGGUAAGGCGCCAUGUCUUCCUUAUUGAUGAUGUUGUUGAUGUUGAUAAACUUAUUUAUUGUAGACGGGAUCAUAUCGGCUAUAAGCUCCAUAGUUAUGUAGAGAACUCUCUCCCUCUUAAGAUCUUCAUACCAAAAGAAUGUACUAUCUUGCGGGAUUACAUGAACUGGUUGCUUGAAAACAAGGAUAUAGAGGAUGGACUAGGUUAUGUAUAUACGGAUGGAAAAAAUAGAACGCCAGAAUUUCAUUGUUUUUGCAAGAGAUUAUCCAAGGAAGGGUCUCGAUAAAAACUCAUCUUCAUUCAUCUCCAAUGAAAGACAGAAUGUUUCUCUUUUUUUCUUCAGGGUCAGCCACUGGAGGAAGAAAUGAAAUUUUCUUCUUGUUGACGAUGCCUUAAUACUCUGAACAGGUAAGCUUCUAUUCUCUGCGGUAUAAAAAGGGUGGUUAGAGAUUUGCAAGGCCUCGUGUAGUAGUAGAGGGGUAAGGUCCGUGGGUGGUAUUCCCGUGGCUGAGUCGGAAAGUCAGCCUGCAGCAGGGAUCAAAAAGAUUAUCAAGCCAUUAUAGUUUAUCAUGAAUCCGUUGUUAAGAAAGAAGAUUUGAUAUUUCCUUGGCAAACAAAGUUGCUCGCCUGGUGGUUCUCUACCUCCCGUUCUUCAUGUAUUAUGACCUCUUUAUCUUCUUUGCUGAUAGAGGUCUAGUUUCUUAGUUUUCUUUGUUGCUUCUUAUUCAGCUGUUUGUGUUGUGUGCGGAAACUUUUUGCUUUGCACCUUAACUUGGUUAUGUGAUAAGUCAGAUUCUAUUGUUGAGGCCCGUGUGUUUUGCCUUGAUAAUUUAUAAUGGUUCACAAGGGGCUUAUUUUUCUU